CUCUCUCUCUCUCUUUCGUUCCUUCCUUUUCACACUUGUUUAAUUCUUGUCUUUCGAAAACAAACGCAAAAAGGAGGAAAAAAAUAGAGUACAUCACUCAUCUCUAUUUAUAAUACUCCCUUCCCUCUCUCAAUUUGCCCACAGCUUCUUCCCAUGCACUUGUCCCCCUUCCCCUCUUCCUUCCUUCCAACUCCCUUCUUCUACCUUCCUUCCUUCCUUACUUCAUCUCUCUCUCUCUCUUUCUCUGCAUUACUCAGAAAACCCACAAAACAAAACACCAACACAAUGUCGAGCAGAAGAUCGUCGAGGUCGAGACACGGCCAGUCGGCGAGGAGCAGCAGCAGCAUCAUCUCCGACGACCAAAUCAUCGACCUCGUCUCCAAGCUCCAGCGCCUCGUCCCCGAAGCCCGCUCCACCACCUCCUCCCGCCGAUCCCGCGACAGGCAGGGUUCGGCUUCGAAUGUGCUGCAAGAGACGUGCAGCUACAUAAGGGAGCUGCACAGGGAGGUGGACGAUCUCAGCGAGAGGCUGUCGGAGCUGCUCGCCUCCACCGAUUCCGACAGCGCCCAGGCCGCCAUCAUUAGGAGCUUGCUCAUGCACCAGUAGCAGAGUACAACUGCUCGAUCGUCAGCACCUGAUAAUUAAUUAAUUAUUAGCAGCUAAUUAAUGAUGAUUAUCGCAUAAUAUUAAUGUGAUGUGAUGACGCCCACCACUUUAUUAACCAUAUAUAGCUACUUGUU